AUGUCUGUAAAACACGCCAUUAGUCGGGGGCUCGAGUUUGGCCGUUCGUUCUUUCAGAUUGGUCUCCUUAAAUCCGGUGCCCGAAUCGCAGCAAAGCUCCGAGCUGACCGUUUCCGUGUAGGCCCUUCGGUCCGCGCCGCUCAGCCUCAGGCUUUCCUGCCUUCGCGGUACCGCUACUACCGCACCUCUCUGAAGGGCCUGGCGGCUCAGCUUCAGUCCGCCGCCUUUAGGAGGAGGUUCGCCGGCGGCUCCCCGCGUAACAGGGCCGUGUUUUUGGCUUUCGGCCUCGGCGUGGGGCUCAUAGAACAACAGCUUGAGGACGACCGGCGGAGCGCGGCAACAUGCCAGGAGAUACAGGCUGUCUUCCGGAAGAAGAGAUUCCAGAGCUCUCUGAGACCAUUCACCUCUGGAUAUAGACUGGAGGAUUACAUUAUAGGCAACCAGAUUGGGAAAGGCUCCAAUGCGGCCGUGUAUGAGGCCGCUGCCCCGUCGGCCCGUAUGGAGGAGGGGAAACGCUUCCUGGUGGAGGAGAGGGACGAGGAAGAAGAAGCGGAGAAAAAGACGGUUCGCCCCCUGUCGUGCUGCUCUCUUAAAAACUUCCCCUUAGCUGUCAAGAUGUUGUGGAACUUUGGGGCAGGGUCAUCGAGCGAGGCGAUAUUGAGGUCCAUGUCCCAGGAGCUGGUGCCGGCUGGCCCCCUCGCCCUGAAGAAGGAGAACGAGCAGAUCGCCCUGGAUGGGGAAUUUGGAGUGGUGCCCAGAAGAGUGUCGGCCCACCCCAACGUCAUCAGAGUGUACAGGGCUUUCACGGCGGAUGUUCCGCUGCUGCCGGGGGCCCGGGAGGAGUAUCCAGAUGUUCUGCCCGCCAGGCUCAACCCCGCCGGCCUCGGCAACAAUCGCACGCUCUUCCUGGUUAUGAAAAACUACCCCUGCACGCUGCGGCAGUACCUGCAGGCGUCCCGCCCCGGCAGCAGGGAGGGCUCUCUGAUGGUGCUGCAGCUCCUGGAGGGGGUGGACCACCUGUGCCGGCAGGGAGUCGCUCACAGAGACCUCAAAUCAGACAACGUGCUGCUGGAGUUCGACUCGGAUGGUUGCCCCCGUUUAGUCAUCACGGACUUCGGCUGCAGCCUGGCCCAGAGCGACUCCAGCCUACAGCUGCCCUUCAACAGCAACUGGGUCAGCAGAGGUGGGAAUGCCUCCCUCAUGGCUCCUGAGGUGGCCACUGCAGUUCCAGGCCCCGGCGCGGUGAUUGACUACAGCAAAGCCGACGCCUGGGCCGUGGGGGCCGUCUCCUACGAGAUAUUCGGACAGCCGAACCCCUUCUAUGGAGCGAUGGGACUGGAGAGCUCCAAAUACCAGGAGAGGCAGCUCCCUCCUCUGCCCCCCCGCGUCCCCGCCGACACGCAGCUGGUGGUCCGACUGCUCCUCAGGAGAAAUCCGAGCAAACGCCCCAGCGCCCGCGUGGCCGCCAACAUGCUGCACCUGAGCCUGUGGGGCCGGCGGGCCCUGGCCAAUCAGGACAGCGCUGGCAUGAAGAGGCUGGCCGACUGGCUGCUGUGCCAGUCCGCCGUGGUGCUCCUGAAGGGCCGCGGCCGGGCGGGCGGGGACCGGGUGGAGGCGGAGCUCCAGAGGAGCUUCCUGUCCAGCCUGGAGCUGGAGGACCUGCGCACGGCGGUGGGCUUCCUGCUGUUCGGCCAGCAGAGGCGCCCGCCCCACGCUCCGUCCACACAGGCCUGUUGA